ACAUUUCUACAUUUGCUCCUUCCACUGGCAGACGUGGAGCUCGCUGGUUUGUUUCAAAAAGGAGGAAAUCAUCUUAUUCUGGGGGUGAAGGUCAUCAAGGUCACCACAAAUGACCACCAACAAUAGCUGCAAGCUGGUCAGCCCUGUCCUGUACCUGACUGCGUACUCUAUAAUAUUACCUAUAGGGUUUAUCAUGAACAGUAUUGCCAUCUUCUUGUUUUUUUGUGUGAAUAAGCUACGGUCGCCCACUAUUGUCUACAUGAAGAACCUCGCCUUGGCUGAUCUGCUCCUGGUCUCCUCCAUUCCACUGAAAAUCUACUUCUACGUGGUAUCACCUUCACAAACAAGUGUACAGAACUGGAUAUGUGACAUCACCGGGUCAUUUCUCCUUCUCAACAUGUAUGGCAGUAUUUUCUUAUUGACCUGCAUUAGUUUUGACCGGUAUCUGGCUGUUUGCUUCCCUCUUCAAUCUCGGCGCUUCCGUCAAAAGGCCUCUUGGAUCUGUGUUGGUGUAUGGUUUCUCAAUAUAACAUCCUGUGUUGUAAUAUACAAUGUUUCUGAGAACCCUCAAACAAAUAGUUCUUGUUUUUAUGGUCGUCCUCAAAUUGUUGCUGCAACAGGACCCACAAUAGGUGCUAUUGGCAUAGGCUUUUUAAUUCCUCUUGGAGUCCUAGUCAUAAGCUCAACGGCAAUGUUGAGGUCCAUGAAGAAAAGUCAAGUUGUUCAAGAAGGACUAAUCAACAAGGUGAAAGUGAUCCGUAUGUUGGCCACCAAUGUAACUAUCUUUCUUCUUUGCUUCCUUCCAUAUCAUAUGGUAUUGCUUCUUUAUCAGUUCAUGGAAAACUGUAUUCUGGAAGAGGCCUACAGAAUCACUCUAUUGACAGCCUGCUGUAACACUGUGCUUGACCCCUUUACCUACUACUUCACCACCGAAACUAUUAGAAAUGUGGUUCGAGAGGAGAUCAAAGCAGGAAAGAGAUUUUUGGAGCUGUCUGAACAAUCGUCAGAGAAAAAUAGACCCAUUAUUUCCUCUUAGGAGGUCAUAAAAGAACUAUAUCAUGCCAUCUAAACUUCUAAUUGUUGGUAGGUCAAGCAUGUAACCUGGAAGUAACAUGAGCUAGAAUUGACAUGGGGUUGACCAAGGUUUUAUCUCCAGACUUGACCUCACUUUUGACCUAAAUGCAAGAUCAUGUUUUAAUAUAAAAGUUUCUUAUCAAUCCAUAGCCAAGUAAGAUGGAAAGCUUGAGGAUAAUGGUAGGAAGUUAUCAUAUGAAAAGUGUGGUUAUUAACUAAUUACUCAGUGUUGUUGACUCCAGAGCCGUCUACCAAAUAUGAAGUGUGAGUAAACUGGCUGACUGAUCAAGUUUCGGCUGUAGAUCUCUCAUUACUCAGAACAUGACGGAUAUACAGUUAAUAGAAGAAACUUACUAAAUAUAAAACUGUUCAAAAAUAUUUUUCAAACUAUGAGGUUAUUGUUGCUGUUGCUUUUAUGAUUUACCAGGAUCUAUGGUCAUCUCCAACCUUUCAGGUAUGUUAAUCUCCAGCCUUGGCUCAUUCAAAAAACUGUCCAAUGUUCCCCAGCCGCCUGCUCCAUAACAUUCAUAUGGAUGGUUUAGUACCUCAAAAUAAAAUUUAGGUCAUAUUUACCUGAGAAAGUCAUUCUAUAUAUAGAAACGUGAAUAUGAUAAACCAAUGGUCAGUGGAUGACGAGGAGUUCUUGGCAUGAUACCAUGCAUUUUCCUGCUCUUUCACAAUCACGAAUGGAUGAGGAACAUCUAUGAUCAUCCAAGUCAUCUCAUAUUUUGCUUUACAUAAUGCUAUAUAUUUACUUGUCUAAUCUGGACUGAUAUUGGGACAAACUGAAGAAGUCGUUUAUCAUGUAAAUAACUCCAUGGGUUCAUUCAGUGUGAGGCUACAAUGUUCAACACAGGAAACUUCUCCAUGUCCAACUCUACUAAAGUGGUUUCCUGGAUUUUUGUAUUGAUGAACUAUUCAUAGAUAGGUAGGCUCCUAACUCUUGGCAGCCGCCCCAUCUCCAGAUCAGCUAUUUAAAGGGGCCAUGGCUCCGAUAAGUUCUGUAGCCUCUUCACUGUUUAUAGUGCUCCAUACUCUCAACAUAACAGGCAAAGUAGUGGCCAUGCUGGGUAUUGCAGUUUUGUCCCAUUGGCGUGAAUGGGACAGUGCCUAAAAUGCUUAGGCUAUAGAUCGCAGCUGCCAAGAGCUGAGCCCACACCAAUCUGCCAUUGAUGGCCUAACAUAAGGAUAGGUCAUCAAUAAUAAAUCCUGUGAAACCUAUUUAAGUCUUGUGUUGAUGACCACCUGUUCUGUUUGGGUUCCACCAGGGGCAGAUGAAAAUUAGUAGAGACCCCUGGAAUGCCUUCAAUUUCUAGGUGAACAAACAUAGGUAGUAAAUAUUGAAUAAUUAGUCCCAAACUAAUGUACAACUAGCACUGUAGCAAUUUAAUAUAGACUUAUAAAACCGUAAUAAUAGCACCAUGCAAUGACAGUGCUAUAUAGUAUCCAAAUAAAAGUGCUCACACUGGGGCUGAUUUUAAAGGAAGACCUUUAAAGGUCUUGGUGAUAAAUGUAUAAUGAUUAGGGGCCUGACUGCUGGGGCUCCCACAAGAACGGGAGUCCACUAUGUGAAUGUGGUGGAAGGGCACUUACUUAACUACUGCUCUAUUUACUUCUAUGGGAUAGCACAACUAUCUCUGUCAGUACCACGGAAGUCCCACUGUAUUUGGAAAUCCAUGUUGUUCUGAUCAGUGGGGGUUCCAGCAGUAGCAACCUCUAAAGAUUGCCGGAGCAGCAUGGAGGACUAUUCAAUACUAUUGUUUGAUUCUAGAACUAGGGCCCAGAGUUCACAUCUGACCAGGGGAGGCAUAUCGAGAAUAUCCUUAAAGGGACGCUAGGUUCACACAAUUUUGGUGGCUG